GGUGGACGUGACUUUUUCAACGUAUAGCAUCAUAUAACACAGAAAGGAAAGACGUCGACGUCUGUGUUCGCGGAGCUUUUAAGUAACGAUAGGUUUCCAUCCAUGUUGUUGUUACACUUGCCUUCCCUUUUCUUUCUUCCUGUAAUGGAAGUCGCACAAGUGCGUUACGUCCCGUGGGAAAAUCCCUCCUCCUCCCCCCUGACCAGGUUCAAAUCCACCUGAGACGCAGAGUUGUUUUCACCGGCGGCAAUACAAAAACAAAGAAACGAACAAAAAAUGACGGAAAACUCACCAAUGGGACGCAGAUAUUCGUUGUUUUGACGUCGUUUGAGAACCACGUUGUCUACACACACAAAAAAAGCCUAGUGUCUUCGUGUCCGCCAUUUCCGGGAAGAAGAAAAAAACUGCACAGCAUCCACCAAACCUGAAUUCCAUUUGGCCAGCCAUACCCAAAAGCGGCUUUUGGAGUCCCACUGACCACAAGGGCUUGAUGACACUCCUCCUUCAGCUUGACAGCAUCCACCAACAAGUUCAAGAAUUGCCACAGCUUUCGUCAGCUGCCUCAACAAUGCCGGCGGAAGACACUCUUCACCAAGACUCAAUGUCCCCUGCCUCCCUCGGACAUGAAGACAUGGAGGUGAUGUGGUCAUACCUUUAUCGAACACUGACCAUCUGACUGGAUUCACCUCACUUGAACAGGCUGAUUUUGCGGAUUUCAGAGGGACAAUGUCCACACCAGAAACUAAGAUCGCAGGCUUGUCCUGGGCGAGGGUCUGCAAGGAGUGCGGGCAGCAGCAUGAGGGCCAGGAAAGCCACUUGUACGAGUACCCUGAGGAUGUGGACGACGAGCUGGUGUGCCACAUCUGUCUGCAGCCCCUCAUUAAACCCAUGGACACCCCCUGUGGACACACUUACUGCUUGGACUGUCUGGGCAGCUUCUUGAAAGAUAAGGACUUUUGCCCCGUGGACCGGCAAAGGCUGCAGCUGCACCAGUGUCGGCCCUCCACCCUGUUGGUUAGGAAUCUGCUGGACAAGCUGGCUGUGAUGUGUCCUUACUAUGCCGAGUGCAAGCAACAGAUGCAACGCUGUGAACUUCAACCUCAUCUCCACAAUAGAUGUCCCUCUUUCAGGAGACUCAGAGAGGAAGCGGAGAAGAGGAAGAGGCCUUCGUGGAACGAAUUGAAGGGCCGCAAAGGCGACGGCGAGCUGUCCGCUGAUGCUAAACAUGCAGAAGUCCCGCCGCGCAGCACCACCAGAGACCUGCCUGAUCCUGGACUCAUUAACCCUGCUUAUGAAGAAAAUGAGGACGACAACACGCCACUUCGCUCUAGCUUGGUGGCUGAAUCCAAUGUGGUGGAGCUAUUCAGAGAAGAGGCGGACGAAGAGCUGGGCUUGCGCAUCGUGGGGGGCAAAGACACACCGCUGGGCAACAUCGUCAUCCAGGAGAUUGUACGUGACUCGCAAGCCGCUCGUGACGGUCGACUAGCACCUGGAGACCACAUCUUAGAGGUGAAUGACAUCAGCUUGGCAUCUGUCCUGCACGCUCGGGCUGUCGCCCUGCUGCGCCAGCCUUCCCUCGUCAGGCUCACCGUCAUGCAGGAGAAGGGUUUCAAACCGAGGGAGGCGCGCUCCGAUCAGAACCCCGUUUCGUCUGGCGGCGCCGAAGGCAACGUGGUCUCCACUCACAAUCCCGGGACGGUGCUGCAGGUGACGUUGACCAAGAGUCAACGUUCGGAACCGCUCGGGAUAAAGCUGAUCCGCAAAUCCGAUGAGAGUGGCGUCUUCAUCCUGGAUCUGCUUUCGGGAGGGUUGGCAGCAAAAGAUGGCAAACUGAAGAACAGCGACAAAGUGUUGGCCAUCAAUGGACAUGACCUGAGGCACGGUACACCUGAGAGUGCUGCCCAGAUCAUACAGGCCAGCGAAGUACGCGUCAACUUUGUAGUCUUGAGGCCAGCAGAGAGUCAAGACGAAGGUGGACCGCAAGGCCGGGCAGCCAGGAGGGCACCCGAGUUGCAGUACUUCAGGCGGUGCUCCACCUACAUGAAGGACCCUCCCGGUGGGUUUUCCAGCCAGGAGAAGACUGUGAGCCUGAAGAAGGAGCCCCGCCUUUCCCUGGGCAUCACCAUAGCGGGCGGGAGAGACUGCCGCAGUCGUCUACCGGUCUACAUCACCAGCGUGCAGCCAAUUGGAUGCCUGCAUCGAGACGGCACCAUCAAACGGGGUGAUGUUCUGCUGAGCAUCAAUGGCGUGGACCUGACGCAGCUGACGUACAGCGAGGCGGUUUCCACGCUGAAGGCGCAGGCUGCCCAGCCCCAGGUGGUCCUGCGGGUCAUCCAGACUAUUUCAGAAGACUCACAGGAGGACGGCGAGGCCAACGGCGACAGGUCGGUCGGUGUGGAGGACGCACAAGAAGAGUCCUUCAAGUGGACACCGCUGUGGACGCGAUGGCUGGGUUUACCAAGCCACAUGCACUGGUGCCGUGACAUCGUCCUGCAGAAGAGCAACAACGAGAGCUGGGGCUUCAGCAUCGUCGGCGGCUACGAGGAAAGUCGCGGGCAGCAGCCCUUCUUCAUCAAGACCAUCGUGCCUGGAACACCUGCUCACUUUGACGGCCGCCUCAAGUGUGGUGACGAGAUCGUGGCGGUGAAUGGAGCCACGACGGCGGGAAUGAACAACGCGUCGCUCAUCCCCAUGCUGAAACUUCAGAAGAAUAAAGUGACUCUCACGGUGGUGUGCUGGCCCGGGAGUCUGAUCUAGCCACGCAUACGUAGCCACGAAACGCGGUAAUUGGGAAGCGUCCUGCACAUGCGGCAGGUAACCUUCCCACCACUAUGUGCCAGUGUACUGUCUCGAAAGGCCGGCGCUUGCGUGAUUGCUGGGUGUCCCGAUAAAAUGCACUCAACUCUAUGAUUUCAACAUUACUCACAUCGGUCGGUUUGACGCGUUCGUCUGUGUUAAGAACCAGAAAAUAAGAUUUUGGCAACAAUACAAGUUAGGGUUGUUGGGCUUUUAGGGGAAAUUUCAAUUUGAAUCUCAAAUUAACUUUCCUGUUUAAAUGAAUUUGAUGCUAACGUUAGAAAGCAUGUCCCAACCGUUUCUGUGCAUAUUACGCAACUUGCUCUUUGCCAACAAGAAGCCGAAAGGCAAAAUUCACGCAAGAUUGUUCACCUCUGGCAUUCUGUGAUGCUUUCGUUCUGUGUUGCAACCUGCUGAUGACACAAUGAACAGUCAGAGCUAGUGAGAGGCUUCAGACAGGAAGUUCUCAAAAGGGAAGAUGCCACAGACUUUAAGGUGUCAUCAGAAAGUGUCAACAGCGGGAGUGCCCACUGGAAGAGUCACAGAAAGGUAAAGAAGUUCUUGGGAUUGUACUGGUCCGUUCGCGGGUCAAACACCUGUUGUGAGUUUUGUCCGUCAGCUGUUGCUGUCGAACAAUAAGUUGUGCGAAAUGUGCGUUCAUAUUUUUGACAAGUCUUGACAAUUAGAACUCAUGUGGAGAUUCUUGAAGCAAUGCAUCUUUUUUUUUUUUUUAACCAUUUUUGGGAUGCCAAAUAAACAAGUUAUGAUAAACUAAAGAGACAAGGUUAAAUUACAUUAAUCUGCGAUGGUUAUAGUGGAUUUAACGUUUUUCCUUAAUUUCACUUCAAAUAGAGAUCAAUAUCUCUUCCUUUUAGGGAGUAGUGAAACUUUAUGGCAUGAAAGAAAAUGUUUCCGUGGUUACCCAAGUCUGAGCUACUUGUUCCUGCACUUUUGCAAAUAUUCAUACUGCUUUUUCAAACAUUCAUUUUUCAAACACCUGGUGACAUGGACCAACAAAUUCAAUAACAUUAAGCAACAUUUACCAUGAAUUUAGGAGGCCUUUUUCUUCAAUUCAGUAACAUAAAGCAUGCUAUCGCUGAGAUAUGCCCGUGUGUGUGUAUUUUUAUAUUAAAAAUGGCAUGAGGUCUGGGAAACAUGGAGGGAAUUCAUCAUUUUCAUUCUUCCUGUAAUUGUUGUUUUGUAUAUUAAUUGUACAGUUUCCGUUAUUUAAAAAAAAUAUAUACAUAGUUCCCAGAGACUGAGUGCAUUUUCUUUUUGGGAGGGGGACACCUUGUUUGUAUAUUUGGAAUCUGACCAGGGUGAAAUCGUGACGGCAAUCAGCGACAAUGUCCGUGAACCGGAGGACUUAUUUUGGGAUUUGAGCCGCACACACACACACACGCACAUUGCAGAUUGUCGCGAUGAAGGAUUCACGUUGGCCGCUCAUGACCAUGUCCGAACGACUCCUGACUGUAAAGACCAAAGUGUCCUUUGUCCAGUUUUACUGCACUUUUUUCAAAGCUAUCCGAGUGAAUGCUUCUUUUUGUCGGGGGGGGGGGGGAAUUUUUUAAGCCACUUUGGGGGGUCUUGACUUUAAAAGUUCUACACCAUUCAACAACAAUAACCCCAUACACGUAUGUGUGUGUGUGUGUUUAAAGACUGUCACAAUUGUGUUGUUCUCCUUUGACACCGUUUGUGUCCGUUCCGUUGUAUUUAUUCGCAUGUACAGGUGCAUCUCGGUGAAGUGGAAAUUGACAUUUGAGUUGUUCAGUUCAAAAAAUGAAAUUCACAACGUGCAGAUCAUAAGUGAAAUUUUAUAUUCUAGUGUUGUAAAAUACUACGUUUUAUAUGAGAGGAUUUUAAAUAUAAACCUAAAGUAGGAAAUGGCCUUUUGAAUUUGAUUUCCGUUGCUUAAUCAAUCUUCAUAAUAGUCUCUAUCAGUGUCACUUAAUGAACAACUACAAAAAAUGAACUUUUCCUAAAUUGCUGAGAUGCACAAGUAUGUCGCCACUCAAAUUGAUAGGUGUGGCUCACAUAAAUGUUCAAUUUGCCCAGAAUGUUCACUAUAUUAAAAGUACCCCUGCCCUGAACCA